AUGUCAAUGGCAGACGGGUUCGCCCGCGUGACAGGCAAGCCGCAGUGUGUCAUAGUCCAUGUGGAUGUCGGCACGCAGGCCUUGGGCGUCGCCGUUCACAACGCGUCCGUUGGUCGCGCUCCGGUCCUUGUUUUUGCGGGCAUGUCGCCUUGCACGCUCGAGGGCGAGCUGCGUAGUUCCUGGACAGAGCAUAUUCAUUGGCUUCAGGAUGUCCCUGACCAAAAGGUCGUGGUUGGACAGUACUGCAGGUACGCGGCAGAAAUCAAGACGGGAGCAAACAUCAAACAAAUAGUCAACCGUGCACUUCAGUUUGCUACCAGCGGUCCCCAAGGCCCAGUAUACCUCUGCGCAGCCAGGGAAGUCCUGGAAGCCGACCUCGAGGCGUAUGAGAUCCAACAGGAUCAGUGGGAUGCCGUGGAGUUGGGAGGCUUUUCGCAAAAGUGCGCCGACAGAAUUGCCCGAGCCUUGGCCCGAGCCGACAGACCUCUUCUUGUCACGGGAAAUUCGGGCCGCAACCUGCACCGGCUGCCUUGGUCCGGCAUGAGAGUAGGGGCGCACGCGGCUAUUAAGGAAGCAGAUGUCAUCUUGGUCCUGGACUGUGAUGUGCCCUGGAUCCCGACUAGAUGUCGCCCGAGAAAAGAGGCCACGAUAUUCUACAUCGACGUAGACCCUCUCAAGCAGCAAAUGCCGCUCUUUUAUAUCGCGUCUCAGGCACAGUAUCGAGCAGAUGCCCUGACUGCCGUGGAACAGAUCCUCCAGAUGCUCACAACGGGUCAAGCAGCCGAAAUGCUUGGUCAAAGGGACACUGCGGCGGCUGAAGAGUUGCGAAGUGCUUCAUAUACCAAGUUGCUGUCACAGAUCUCGCGCGCAGCUAGGCCUUUUGCAGACGGCACGUUUGGCACGGAUUAUUUGAGCAGUCUUCUCCGUCGGGUUUGCCCUGAAGAGACAAUAUGGGCAGUGGAAGCCGUGACAAACGCAACCUUUAUCCAUGACAACAUCCAGCCUUCAAUUCCCGGAUCAUGGAUCAAUUGCGGUGGCGGCGGUCUGGGCUGGUCUGGCGGCGGUGCGUUGGGCAUCAAACUCGCAACGGAUUCCGAGGCUGGCGGAAGUGGAAAGGGGAAAUUUGUCUGCCAAAUAGUAGGCGACGGCACCUAUCUCUUCUCCGUACCAGGAAGCGUAUACUGGAUAUCGAAGCGAUAUAAGAUUCCGGUAUUGACUAUCGUUCUGAACAAUGACGACGGCGAGGCGGCAACAGCGACAAACAAGGACAUCAACAUUUCCUUUUCUCCUUGUCCCGACGACGCGGGUAUCGCUGCCGCCGCGGGGGCGGCGACAUUCACCCCUUCAGGGCGAGCGGUGCGAACGAACUAG